AUGUCAAAGUUCGGUAGCAAGACAGGUCGAAGAACCAGCCGUCAAAGAUUUUUAAAGGCUGAUCUCUGCGAUGUUACCAUAAAUGAUUUUGCCAAUUCAUCAAUUAUAAGUUCAUCCGACCGAAUGAAAAAAAAUAAGUUAAAGAUUAAUCAAGUCAUUGAUACAGAUGAUAAUCAAACUUGGGAAGAAAAACUAGAGAUUUAUGAAAAUCAAUCGGAAGAAAAUGAUUCAGGAAGCGAGAUAAAAAAAAAGUUAGGUCUUCAAAAAAAGAAAAAAGUUGUCGAAUCAGAAAGUAUUAAUGAUGAUUCAGGAAUUGAUUACCCUAUUGAUAUCUGGUUUCUUUUAUCUGAAUACAUACCUCCUGAAGCUGUAGGAAAAUUUGCUGCCAUUUGUAAGACAUCAUUAGCCGUCGUGUCAACUGCUAAAUUUUGGUUUAAUCUAUACAAAAGAUACUAUACUGGAGUAGCAAACUUACCGGAACAAUAUCAGCCAGAGUGUAUGGUACGAAAAUAUGGAUUAAGAGCUCAAGUAAUAAGAGCUUUACAUUUCAUGUAUCCUCCAUUUGUAGCAAAGCUUAAACCUCAAGUUUUAUUCGAUGGUGAUCCUCAUUUGUUAAUAAAAAGAUAUUGUGUGCUUGCUUGGUGUCAAAAAAUUAAAAAUUAUUGGUUAUUUUGUUUCAAACUUAAAUUAGGAGCUCCCUUUAAAAAUAGCAAUGGAAAAAAUAAAACAAAAUCUAAAAAUCUUUUGGAUUUUCUCGAAGACAUAACUGCAAACGAAGAUGACAAUUGUAAAGUUACAUGUUUAAAUUAUGUCAUACUACCCAUGUUAUAUGGUCAAACUUUAAGCAGCGUGUCGUUGAACGUCGCCCAAGGAAUGAGAUAUCAUAAAAUGCAAUUGAAUUUCAGUAGCAGUCCUUAUCCUUCGGCGAGUAAUUGUAAUUCAAUGGUUCUCGAACCUGUUGUCAACGUUCGCGUAUUAGACUGGUGGCAUCCAUCGUUCCCUCAUUCUGAUGGCUUCAACACUAGUUUAUUUUCAUCAGAAAUCGCCCCUCAAUUUGAUGAUAUUGAGUUCUAA